AUGAGCAUGCUUUCAGCUGAAGUCACAGAAUGGGGCCAACCUCCCAAGUCCAUCAAAGUUCCCCCUCCCGCAGCUCCAGUCCACGACAACGAGACAGAGAUCAAAGUCCUCGCUGCAGGUCUUCACCAACUCGUCCGCACACGCGCAGCGGGAAAACACUACACUGCUACUGAACUCCCCCACGUUCCUGGCGUCGAUGGCGUAGGCAUCAAUGUCUCAACUGGCAAGAAAGUCUACUUUUCUCUGCUUGGUACAAAGCAGGGCAGUUACGCCGAGAUCGUCAAUGCGCCCAUUCACAACAUCGUUGAGCUUCCCGAGGGCGUAGACCCUGUUGUCGCAGCUGCUAUGGUCAACCCCGUCAUGGCGAGCUGGAUGGCGCUGCGGAAGCGUGUUGAUUGGACUGGCAAGGAGGGCAAACCUUACAAGGUCUUCAUCAACGGCGUCACCAGCGCCAGUGGAAAGAUUGCUAUCAAAGUAGCUCGUCACCUCGGUGCUACAACCGUUGUAGGCGCUGCUCGCAACAAAGACGCGCUGUCAAAGCUCGAUCUCGACGCCAGCGUUGUUCUUCAAGAACCCAACGCUACAGACUUCUCCGCCGCAGCAGACGCAGACAUUGUUCUCGACUUCCUCUACGGACCGUGGCCCAAUGCGUUCCUGUUGAGUCCCAGCACAGCUAGUGCUAAGAAUCCUAUUACGUGGAUCAACAUUGGGUCAAUGGCGGGUGAUAUGGGUGAUAUUUCGGCGAUGGGGCUGAGGAGGAGAGAUGUCACGGUGCGGGGCUCGGGGCCGGGAGCGUGGGAUCCGAGGGAGCUGGGGGUUGAGACGGAGGGCAUGUUGAAGGUUCUUGUGGGAUUGGGAGAUGAGGGGUUGAAGAAGUACAGGAUUGAGGAUGUUGAAGAAGGUUGGGGUGAUAAGGGGAGGGAUAGAGUUGUUUUUGUGUUUGGUGAGAAGGCUUGA